GGAGAGGGCUUUCUCCAUGCACGCCGGCGGCGGCGCCGCCCCGUCCAGCGGAGAUUCCACGACCGACCCUUCCUCUCCCUACUUCAUCGACGCCGCCCACCCUUACGCGGCCGCCGCCGCUUCCGCGCUCACCUCCCACCGCUCCAAGUCCAAGUGGUCUCACCUCUCCUCCCUCCCGCUCCCCGAUCCCCUCCCGGCGUCCGCCGUCUCCGCCGUCCUCCUCCUCCUCCGCCGCCGGCCCCACGUCGCCCUCAGCUUCCAUAGCUUCGCGCUCCGCCGCCUCCUCCCCGCCCGCUCCCCUCCCCCGCUCAUCCUCUCCGCCUCCGCCGCCCACGUCGCCGCCGCCUCGCGCCUCCGGCGCGCGGCCAUCUCCGUCCUCUCCUCUGCCACCUGCCACUACUCCCCCUCUCAGAUAUUCAACGCCCUCGCCGCCACCUACCGCCGCUUCUCGUCCGCGCCCUUCGUCUUCGACCUCCUCCUCCUCGCUUACCUCCGCUCCCGCCGCGACCCCCUCGCGGCAACCUCCAUCGCCCGCCGCCUCCUUGCCGCCGGCGCCUGCCCCCUCCCCGCUACCGCCGCGGCCCUCUUCCGCUCCCUCCCCUCCGCCGAGUCCGCCCUCGAGAUGUACCACCAAAUCUACACGCUGCCGGGCACAAGAACCAGCCGCGCGCUCCAGCCAACCGCCCAGACCUUCAACUCCCUCCUCCUCGCUUUCUACCGCCAAGGCAAGUGCGAAGAUUUCAGCAUCGCGUUGGACGAAAUGGACAGGUAUUCUUGCGAGCACAAUGUGGGCACCUACAACAUUCGGAUGGCUGCUUACUGUGACGGCAGAGAAUUUGAUAAGGCACGAGGAUUGUGGGAUGAGAUGGUUCAGGGAGGGAUCCAGCCAGAUGUCACCACAUACAACACCGUGAUUGCUGGGUAUUGUGGUGCUGGAGAGGUGGGGAUGGCGGAGGAGAUGUUUAAGGACAUGGAGAUUGGUGGUAUUGAGCCAAGUGUUACAACCUUUGAGUGGUUGGUUCGAGGGCAUUGUAGGACAGGGAAUGUCGAUGCUGCGAUGCUUGUUUGUGCAGACCUUAGAAGGAGGGGUUUUGCGAUGGCUGCGGAGGUUGUCGAGGAGGUUGUUGAUGCAUUGUGUCGGAAGAGCAGAGUUGGGGAGGGGUUAGGUAUUUUGAGGGCAGAGAUGAGAAGGGAAGAUUUCACACCUAGUCGGGGAAGCUACGAGGCGCUGAUAAGGGGGUUUUGUGAACAAGGAGAAGUGGAGGUGGCCAUGAGACUCCAGGCAGAGAUGGCUGGGAAGGGACUCAAGGCUGGUGCUGAGGUAUACCAUGCUUUUCUCCGUGCUUAUGAGAAGACCGAGGACUUCGAGAUGGUUGAGAGGUUGAGGAAGGAAAUGUCGGUGAUAGGCAUUGAGGAAGAAAUUGGCCUGGCUUGUAUGCAGUGAUGUACUGUUUGGAAGCUAUGUAUGUCGUUGUUCAACAAACUGGCUUUACUGGUUUUACGUGGA